UUACUUGAUAUUUAUGUAUGACUAGCUUGUUAAAACAUUGUUGUUUUUACUAGUUUGAUAAAAUAAUCAACCUAUGAAUAAAGAAAAAUAAACAAUUACCUUCAAGACGGGUUAAAAGGAGAAGUCAAGAGAAACUGUAAAGCCUCAGGAUGCCCAGCGUGACGGUGAAAGAUGUCAACCAGCAGGAGUUUGUUAAGGCAUUGUCAGCAUUCCUCAAAAAGUCUGGCAAACUAAAGGUCCCAGAGUGGGUUGACACUGUGAAGCUGGCCAGGCACAAGGAGCUAGCUCCCUGCGAUGACAACUGGUUUUACACCAGAGCAGCGUCCACAGCCCGUCACCUUUAUCUGCGAGGAGGUGUGGGCGUGGGCGCCAUGAUCAAGAUCUAUGGAGGGCGCCAGCGGAAUGGUGUAUGCCCCGCCCACUUCAGUGUGGGCUCCAGAAACGUCGCAAGGAAGGUUCUUCAAGCCCUGGAGGGCCUCAAGAUGGUGGAGAAGGACCCUAAUGGUGGUCGUCGGCUAACUCCUCAGGGCCAGAGGGACCUGGACAGGAUUGCUGGACAAGUUGCCUCAGCAAACAAGAAACAGCGUAGUUUACAAAGCGCCACCUGAGGAAAGCAUCCAGAACAUAUACGCCCAUGAAACAGUAACUGUUUAUUUACACAAGUUUGCUUGCCUUUCCAUAUCAGCCUGGUUCCCACAGUAUCCAGGGACAGAGGGCAGAGAGAUGCAUGAGUCUAUAGUAGAGUACAAUGAACUUGUGAACCCAUAAUAAAGUAUAACCAAGCAUUAGCAUGUUAACAUUGUUGCUCUCCACCAAGCUGUGAAGACUGGAAAACAAAACAAAUGCAAUGGACCCAGAAACAUGUUUUGUUCAUUUUCACAGGUUUGAUGUGGAACAUUAUGCAUAUUGUUGAUUUAGCCGUAAUACCAGCUGAUACAUGAAUGUAUAGGUGUUUAGUAGUUGAGCAUGAUGGAGCUGAUCCAGCUGUUGUAGCGGCACACACAGGCGUAGACGCUGGGGCGUCCCUGCAUGGUGCAAUCAUAACCCCAGGACAUAACUCCCUGCAGCUGACUGCUACACGCCAGAGGACCACCGGAUUCACCCGGCAGACAGAGGCAGAUCAAUAAAGAUAUAUGUACUGUCAUGACUAAUAAA